UCUCUCUCUCUCUCUUGUCUUCAAACUUUUGAAAAUGCUGAAACUCUCAUCUCACAUUCGUCUCUUGAGUGUCAGUGUGAUUGAACAGUGAUGUCAGCACACAGCAGUGAAUCAGAGAAGAGCAACCACUGUGGCGAUGAAGACAGUAGAGGGUAUCAGAUAUGUUCUGCUACUGGUUUCCUUUCAGCCAAGUUAACUAUAGUGAUUGGAGACACGCACUUUUCAGAAGAGAAGAUGUUCCUUGUCCAAAAUUGUGACUAUUUUCGAGCGCUGUACCGCUCUGGAAUGAAGGAGUGCAACCAAGACCAAAUUCACCUGCAGUGCCCACGUGCUCGAGGCUUCUUCAUUGCCUUGGCAGUCCUGCGGGGCGAGCUGCCAGCUCUGGGUGAGGAUGACAUUGUUGAGGCCAUUGAAUGUGCUGCAUACCUGCAGGUGACUCCACUCACAAAGUAUCUUAUUGGCCUCAUUGACGCUGACAACUGUUUGCUACUGUACCACACUGCUGCAACAUUUGGCCUAAUUGAUCUUUACCACGCUGCUGCACUCUUUAUUCGAGACAUGUACGGUGACCUGGAGGCUGAAGUCCAGAAAACCUUACCAUCAGAGCUGACCUCUUAUAUAGAGUCUUUGGCACCCAGUGUUUUUGUGGCUGUAGGGGCCCACGUGACCUGUGGUGUGGAUAAAAGCAUACACGCUGCAUGUAGGACUGUCUGUUACCUUGAUGAAACUGUAAAUAGCUGGAAAGUUCUAACAGAUCUGCCACUAGAGGCCAGCACCUCCAUGGCCGGGGUGACUGUUUUAGACAACAAACUCUACAUCAUUGGUGGAGUUCAUGGAGUUCACAAGCAAGCUGUUGAGGCUUGUUUCUGCUACAAUGUUGAAAACAGCAGCUGGACCAGGAUUGCUCAUCCAGUACAACUGCGCUAUAAUCUAAGCCUUGUGGGUGUAGAUGGUUGUCUUUAUGCCAUAGGAGGAGAAUAUGAGCGAACCGUGAUGUCGUCUGUGGAGAUAUACAAUGUUAAGAGCGGGAAGUGGACAUUUGCUGCCCACUUACCUCGGCCAGUGGCGGGGGCGGCUUGCACCAAAACCAUGAGCAGGAUAUUUGUGUGUUUAUGGAGGCCAAUGGAAACCUCAGAGAUUUAUGAGUACAUCUCAGGGAAAGAUGAGUGGCGUCUCGUUACCGUACUGAUUCGGCGUCAGAGCUACGGCCACUGCAUCGUCGGCCACAGAGACAACCUGUACGUCAUGAGAAAUGGCCCAUCUGAUGACUUCCUUCGAUGCUUGAUGGACUGUUACAACCUGAACUCAGGACAGUGGUCAUCUCUGCCUGGACAUUUUGCCAACAGCAAAGGUUCACUGUUUACAGCUGUUGUAAAAGGUGAUUCUGUGUUUACACUAAAUAGAAGCAUGACUCUAGAAUACAGAAUUGAAGGUAAAAUCUGGAAGCCCAGGCGACAGAUAAAAGGUUUUCCUAGAAGUGGGUCUGUGUGGACUUUCCUGCUCCGAUUGCCAGACACUCACAUGUUGCAGCACUGACUUUAUUUAGGCUUUUAAAAGAGUCUGACUUUGUUUCUUCAGACAUGUGCUUCUAUAACUGUAAGGACCUUCAUAUAAUUGUCAAUUAUUUUGGUUAAUGAUCAAAAACAACAAUGUAAGUAAUAUUUGAAUCUGCUGACAUCGGUUUAGCAGGUCCUGUUUUCUUAAACUUGCUAUAGUUCUUUAAUACAGUACUGGCAGUGUUGAGGUUACAGACUAUUGGAGGGAAACACAUCAUACAUUACUACAUACUGAAUCAGCCAAGUCAGACACAACUGAUUCUAUUGUAAAUUCCCCUUGUUUGUGUUUGAGGUUGUUUUGAUCAGGUACUUUGUUGGACAUUUAAGAGUCCUUUUAAUUUUGGUCAGGCACCUUAACGGACUGCUGCAUGUUCUAAAUUAUGUUCUUGUAACACCCUGAAAAUAUGUUCAGAAUGUGAUAAUGCCUAAGUCAUGGUGUAUUGAUGUCAUGGGUCAAGCACUUAUUUAAUUUAGUAGUGGUCUGAACAGUUUGUUUAGUUUAUGUUUAAAUAUACACUUAAGUUACCUUAUUCUAUUUCUUUAAGAGCGACAUGACGUAGAAAGUUCAUGACCAGUUUUGUUGGUUAAAAAAAAAACAAAAAAACUACACACGCUGUACGCUCGAACCGUGGGUUUUGUUCUAAUAAAGUUGCACAAAAAUGAA